AUGGACCACGUCGACGGCGGCGAGGACAUCUUCAAGCCGUCCUCGUCGACGACGAAGCACCGGGACCGCUCCAAGGCCGCGACGCUCAUCCAGACCGUCGCGCGGCGCGUCGUCGCGCGGAAGCGGUUCCUGAGCCACCGCGUGCGCCGCGACGCGGCCGUGUCCAUCCAGAGCCAGGCGCGGCGCAAGCUCGCGGUCGCGACGGUGCUCGACGGCAUCGCGCGGCUCCGCAGCGAGCGGGCGACGCACUGGGACGCGCUCUCCGCGCGGCUCCGGCGCGACGCCGCGCACCUCGCGCCGGGCGCGGAGCGCGUCGAGAUCCACGUGCCGUCGCUGGGCCACAGCGAGCACGUGCGCCUCGACGCGCCGCGCUUCCAGCUGUCCCAGGCCAUGCAGAUCGCGCGGCUCUGCGCGGCCGCGGACCCGAACACGCACGUCGUCUACGUGUCGCCCGUCGAGCUCGGCGACGAGUUGGUCGACUACUACCAGCGCGUGCUGUCGCUCGCGCGCGGCGGCUCCGGCGACGACGACGACGACGCGGACGGCGACCCGGCGUCGACGCCGCGGCCGGGCGCGAGCUCCCGCUUCACGGUCAUCGUGCCCGAGCUCGUCCGCCGCUUCCCGGCGCAUUUUACGUUGGCGUCGCUCGCGCUCUACUCGCCGAGCUGCUGCCGGCGGCUCUACCACCUCAGCGCGGGCCGCUUCGCGGUCAUCGUGCCCGGCGGCCCCGUGGGCUGGGCCGAGAAGGCGCUGGCGCUGCGCCUCGACGUGCCCCUGCUGGGGCCGGACCCGAGCCGCGCGGCGCUCUACGGGUCGCGGUCCGGCGCGAAGCGCGUGCUCCACGAGAGCGACGUGAACAUCCCCGUGGGCGCGCACGACAUCUACGACGAGGAGGACUUCUGCGUGGCGCUGGCGAAGCUCGUGGCGGGCCAUUUGGACGUCGCGCGGUGGAAGUUCGGCGUCGACGCGGACGCCCGCGCGGACGCGGGCGCGUCGGGCGUCGCGUACCUCGACGUCGACGAUUUGGACGUCGUGCGGGACCUGCGGCACGAGCAGCGGCGCCUCACGGCCCUCGACCGGCACAAGGGCGAGGCGGCCUGGCACCACCCGGACGUGCAGGUGCUGGCGCGGUCGAAACUCCUCCGGUCGCUGCGCGUCGCGCUCGCGGCGCGCGCGGUCGUCUGCUACCCGGGCAAGCGGCCCGAGGGCGGCGCCUGGCCGUCGUUCAUGGCCCUGGUCCAGCGCUACGGCGGCGUCAUCGAGGCGGAGCCGCGCGACGUCGUCGGCCACUCGUGCGUCCACGCGUUCGUGCGGCCCGACGGCGUCGUGUCCGUGCGCGCGGCCCAGGACGUGCUGUCGACGGACGGCUACGAGCGCAUCGUCGCCGUCCACCCGGCGGCCGCCGCGCCCGUCGAGGCGCUGGCCGGCGCGACGGCGGCCGUCGCGCGGCGGCUCUUCGACCGCGGCGUCCCGCGCGGCGUCGUCGGCCACUUCACGUUGCACUUCACGGCGCACCGGAGCGCCGACGCCGGCGGCGCGCUACGGCUGUGGGCGACGGACCUGGAGCUGGGCCUGAACCCGCUCGCCGUGGGCCACCUGCUCCACGUCGCGGUGACGGGCCGCGCGCCGCGGAAGCCCGCGCCGGGCGCGGGCCCGGCGCCGCCGGCGGACCCGGCGAAGCGGAGCUACGUCCUCGUGCCGGGCUUCUACCACCCGGGCCUCGCCGCGCUCAAGUACUCGUCCUUCUUCAAGCUCUGCCGCCUCCACGGCAUCGCCUUCGACCUCGCGAAGCGCCGCGGGCCCGUGUUACUGCUCGUCGACUCGCUCGCGUCCGGCGUCGUCGGCGCGGUCACCGAGGGCGCGAACAAGCUCGACGCGCUGCGCCUCUGCCACAAGUUUUUGACCUUCGUGCGGAAGCACGUCGACACGGCGCACCUCAUCCACCACGUGGCCGGGCCCGCGGACCGCGAGCUGCCGGAUUUGAUCCACGUCGUCAACGGCGCGCUCCGGCCCCUCGAGCACAUGAUCUCGUCCCUCGCCAUCGGGCCCGAGCUCGCCGCGCCCCUCAUCCACGACCGGCGGCGCCUCCCCCAGCCCGACGACGCCGCGACGCCCGCGCCGGCGCCCGUCCGGACGACGCGGUACGAAAUGGUCCGCGUGCCGAGGCCCCGGGUCGCGUCGCCCGCGGGCGACGUCGCCGCGCGGAGCGUUUCGUCGACGGCGCGCUCCGGCACGGGCAGCGUGAAGGACCGGCCCGCGCCCUUCCGGAAUCCGCGGAGCGUCGACGCGGACCGGGCCGUGCUGCGCGACGCGGACCGGUUCGCGCCGGGGGGGGGAUGGUGGAACUCGAACGCGCGCCCCUUCCAGCGCCACGCGGUGCCCGGCACGUCCCGGAGGUCGCCGCGCGUCUCCGGCGCCAUCCAGCUCGAGUUCCGCAGCGCGAGCGCCGGCGCCCAGUCCCGCACGACGAACGGCGCCAUGAGGGCCCGGAGCCGCGCGGCCGUCGCGGCCGCGGCGCCGCCGGCCGCCAGGUCGCGCCCGUCGAGCACGGCGAGCGCGCCGACGGCGCCGCUCGGGUCCCGGAGCACGUCGAGGAGCGGCGCGCCGCCGAGCGACGGGCCGCCGGACCAGAGCGGCGCGUUCGUGACGAGCGCGUCGAAGAGCUCGUCGUAG